AUGGGUUCUCAGGCUUCUAAGCAGUUGGCACGACGGAAGGCACUCUCCACUCAGAAGAAAACUCUCUGUGAGCUCAAUCAAACCUGUGGUGAUGUGUUCCCAGGUUCAGACUACCAUCCUCCUGAUCGGAAGAAUUGGAUGUCUGGCCUUGGCCCUGAGAAAGUUCACAUAAACAAGAUUGUAUGGCCAGGGACCCAUGAUUCUGCAACCAACAAGAUUGGAAUCCCACUCGUCAGCCGGCCCUUUGCUCAAUGCCAAUCCUUGUCCAUCUAUCACCAGCUUGUAAGAGGCACCAGAGUUCUUGACAUCCGGGUCCAGGAGGAUCGCCGGGUCUGCCAUGGAAUCCUUGUGACAUAUAGUAUUGAUAGUGUCAUCAAAGACAUCAAGAAGUUCUUGGCUGAGACCCAGUCAGAGAUUAUUAUCCUGGAGAUCCGCACUGAGUUUGGACACCAAGACCCACCUGAAUUCGAGAAGUACUUGGAGGAUCAGCUUGGCGAGUUUCUAAUCCACCAGGAUGAUCGUGUGUUCGGAAAGACAAUUGCAGAACUGUUGCCAAAGAGAAUUAUCUGUGUAUGGAAGCCAAGGAAGUCACCUCAACCGAAGGCAGGAGGGCCAUUAUGGAAUGCAGGGCACCUGAAAGAUAACUGGAUCGACACAGAUUUACCGUCCACAAAAUUUGAUAGCAACAUAAAGCAUUUGAGCGAGCAAGCACCUGUUACAUCCAGGAAAUUCUUUUACAGGGUCGAGAAUACAGUUACUCCACAGGCAGAUAACCCAGUCUUGUGUGUCAAACCUGUGACAAGGCGGAUCCAUGGAUAUGCUAGGCUUUUCAUAGCUAAAUGUGUCUCUCAAGGUUGUGCUGAUCGGCUGCAGAUCUUCUCAACAGAUUUUAUUGAUGAGGAUUUCGUUGAUGCAUGUGUUGGGUUGACAUAUGCAAGAAUAGAAGGGAAGGCCUGAAGAUAUUGCAGUGCUGUGUUUUUCUUCGCCUUGUUCAUUUUCUAGAAUCUCCCCUGUAGAAAGCAGUUUCCUUCCUUUCUGUUUUCAGCAGUUGUUCUGUGAAUUUGUUUGCUGUUGCACAAAUUUGUUCGCUUGCAAGAUAGGAUGUGUAGAGAUUCAUCAUAUGUAUUAAAGGGUGAGAGCACGUUUGUUUUGAAUAAAUCUUGUGUUAAUCUC